AUGGGCUGCGGUUAUAAAAGCGCGGGAUCACCUCCUGGCAGACCUGCGGAAGAAGGCACCCACCUCCUGGCAGACCUGCAGAAGACGGCACCCACCUUCUGGCAGACCUGUGGAAGAAGGCACCCACCUUCUGGCAGACCUGCAGAAGACGGCACCCACCUUCUGGCAGACCUGUGGAAGAAGGCACCCACCUUCUGGCAGACCUGCAGAAGACGGCACCCACCUUCUGGCAGACCUGUGGAAGAAGGCACCCACCUUCUAGCAGACCUGCAGAAGACAGCACCCACCUUCUGGCAGACCUGCGGAAGACGGCACCCACCUUCUGGCAGACCUGCGGAAGACGGCACCCACCUUCUGGCAGACCUGCAGAAGACGGCACCCACCUUCUGGCAGACCUGUGGAAGAAGGCACCCACCUUCUAGCAGACCUGCAGAAGACAGCACCCACCUUCUGGCAGACCUGCGGAAGACGGCACCCACCUUCUGGCAGACCUGCGGAAGACGGCACCCACCUUCUGGCAGACCUGCGGAAGACGGCACCCACCUUCUGGCAGACCUGCGGAAGACGGCACCCACCUUCUGGCAGACCUGCGGAAGACGGCACCCACCUUCUGGCAGACCUGCGGAAGACGGCACCCACCUUCUGGCAGACCUGCGGAAGACGGCACCCACCUUCUGGCAGACCUGCGGAAGACGGCACCCACCUUCUGGCAGACCUGCGGAAGACGGCACCCACCUUCUGGCAGACCUGCGGAAGACGGCACUCACCUUCUGGCAGACCUGCGGAAGACGGCACCCACCUUCUGGCAGACCUGCGGAAGACGGCACCCACCUUCUGGCAGACCUGCGGAAGACGGCACCCACCUUCUGGCAGACCUGCGGAAGACGGCACCCACCUUCUGGCAGACCUGCGGAAGACGGUACCCACCUUCUGGCAGACCUGCGGAAGACGGCACCCACCUUCUGGCAGACCUGCAGAAGACGGCACCCACCUUCUGGCAGACCUGGCAGGCGUGCACGAAGUUCUUCAAGUGCUCCCAGUCCACGUGGUCCUGGAGGCGGGUCUUGUUCGCGAACCGCUUUCCGCAAUCGCUGCACACGUACCUGCCGGCAGCCGAAAUUGACUGAUCUUCAACCGACUUCGAAAAAGGAG